AUUAUUUACGCCCCUCCGCUCUUGUAUGGUGGUUUCCAUGCUUCAGAGACGACAAACGUAGCGUACAGUCUAUUCCUAUACAGAAGGCGUUUCGCUCCCAUGUGUGCUUUUAAACUGGGCUCAAACCAGCAUCAUCACCACCACCAACAUAACACUGGACAUUACACAGACUUCUUAGGUUGACAGCAGGGGUGACAUGACUCUGACCAGAGGAUCUUUCACAUAUGCCAGUGGGGAAGAGUACCACGGCGAGUGGAAAGAAGGUCAGAGGCAUGGGGUUGGCCAGCUCAAGUUUCAGGAUGGAACCUGCUACUCUGGCCAGUUUGAGAAUGGACUCUUCCAUGGCUCCGGUGUACUGCUCUUUACAGAUGGAUCCAGGUACGAAGGAGAAUUUGCACAUGGAAAGUUUCAAGGCGUGGGAGUCUUCAGUCGAUACGAUGGCAUGAAGUUUGAAGGAGAAUUCAAAGAUGGACGUGUUGAGGGAUAUGGGCUAUUGACAUUCCCAGAUGGAGCUCAUGGUGUCCCGCAAAACGAGGGUUUGUUUCAAAGCCACAAGCUACAGAAGAGAGAUAAGUGUCCAGGAGUGGUGCAGCGUGCGCAGGCUUCAGCCUCCAACGCUCGCAGUCUGGCACUUUGACUGUCAUGGACCCUGGAGGAGACACGGUCUAGCACCUUUCAGGAGGGCCUCAGGGAUGUGUUCUCAUAUACUCCUCUCCAGCUCUUCUCUCUGUCUUUUUUCUCUUUUUCCACUAUUACUCUCUUUAUUUCUUUUUCUGCAUCUUCCUUGCUUAGCCUUCACAGUGGCUUGGAAUGCACAUGCAAUUUGGCCAAACAAUGGCCUUCUGUAUCACUGACUUGAAAUGCACAACACCAUGAAGCACACCUUUAACUUCACAAGUCUUGUAAACAUCAAAUGCUGCUGGUUUCCCCUUGUUCUAAUUAUUGUACCCAUAAAUAGUGUCUUAGUGU